UUGUCUUUCUUCACACACCCGUCGCAUUCGGACCUCGGAAGCUUCCGGAGACAGGAGACCACGGACCCGUCCGGCCGCCGCCGCCGCCGCUCCCCGUGCCCUAGACAAAAAGAGGUACGCCUCCCUCCGAUUCCAGAGAGGGGAAGAGGGGAUUACGGACGCCGCCCUUGAUUGCUGAUUGUUUGCCGCCACGACAGGCCUAGCCUCGUCUGAUUUGCUCCGCCGAGAACAACAUGGGAAGAAGCUACGAUUACAGUCCUUCGCCGCCAAGAGGUUACAGGAGAAGAACUCGCAGCCCAAGUCCUCGUGGUCGUUAUGGAGGCCGUGGUAGGGACCUCCCAACUAGUCUUUUGGUGAGGAAUCUUCGUCGGGAUUGUAGGCCUGAUGACCUUCGUAGACCAUUUGGAAAAUUUGGCCGCGUUAAAGACAUAUAUCUGCCAAAGGAUUACUACACUCGGGAACCUAAAGGAUUUGGGUUCAUCCAAUACUUUGAUCCUGAGGAUGCUUCUGAUGCGAAGUACCAUAUGGAUGGGCAGAUGCUGCUUGGAAGGGAAAUUACUGUUGUUUUUGCAGAGGAAAACAGGAAGAAGCCUUCUGACAUGAGGGCCAGGGAAAGAAUGAGUGGCAGAAGCCGUUCUUAUGAUCGGAGGUUGCGCUCAAGGUCACCUGGUUACAGUGAUUCUCCUAGGGGUAGAUCAAGGUCGCACAGCCCAAGCCACUCGCCAGCACCUAAGCGAAAGCACUAUUCAAGGUCCCCGUCUCCUCGACCUCGAGAGAGAUCUAUGUCGCGUUCACCUGCUGACAGCAGAUCAAGGAGUGUGAGCCCCAGUGUUAGCAGGUCUCCUCGCAGGCAGAGAUCUCAGGGCUCUGUGUGACUAUCUAGUCGCUGUUAUGCUGAACCGCAUAUCUUCCAGAUUAUUUUUGUCAGCACCCUCGUGUACUCUAGGAGUUUUGAACAUGUAUGAUGUAUUUUGUAUUCCGACAUCUAUGAUGAGUGAAGUGGAUUGUGAACCAACGAACCUUGAUGUUUGACCUGUUGAACCACUGCACAGGUGCCCAUAUGACAUGAAGUUUUUUUUUCUGCAACUGAUAUGGCAGUGUUCAUCCA